AUGGUGAGCAAGAAGGUAAUACCAUUUUCUCUUUUUUUACUUUUAAAUUUAUCCAUAAUAAAAUGUAGCAAUGCGACAAAUAAAAAGAACGCUUCAAAAGAAAUGAAAAAUGGUAGCUCCCAAGACGCCUUACAUAUGGAACAUCUUCAAAAAUUAAAAGAGCUACUUAAUGAAAAUAAAUUGAAUGAAGCUGCUGAAUUAUUUAAUGAAAUUAAAAUAGCAGACAAAAAUGGCAAUAACGAAAAUGAUCAUAGCACAAUAAUAGAUGAAAGUAGUUUAUAUCCUGACGUGAGCGAAAAUAUAUUUGAUAAUUUAAUAAAUCCUGAAGAUAUGAAAGAAAUGAUAAGGUUUUAUAUGUACUUACAAAAUGUGUUAAAUUCAAAAAAUGAAACAUCGGAAAAAAAAAUGGUGAAAACAUUUUUAAGAAAAACUAUGGAAAAAGUCAAAAACAAUAGUGAAAAUAAAUCUAUGGAUGAAAUUAUUAAUGAAAUUGAAGGUCACGAUGAAAUGUUAGAAAAGUUAGCUAGCUUAAUGAAAUUGAAUAAAGAUGAUUUAAAAAAUCCAGAAACUAAAAACAAAUUAAAUCAAAUUUUAAUAGGUAUGAUAAAAUUUAGAGAAUAUACAAGUGACAGCAGUGUUACAGAUGCCUUGUUGAAUGAUAUUAAAAUUCAAGAAGUACAAUCAGAAGAUGGAACUAAAAAACCCAAAUUACAAGUUAAUAUUAGCGACAGUAAAGCACAUUUAGAUAUUUUGCAUAAAGCAACAAAAUUUAUGGGAAUGGAAAUCGAUCACGAAGAAUUAAAAAAUUUAACAGUUAAUAAUAAAUGGUACGAAAAUUUUUUAACUGAUAUUAUUAAUAGUUCAGAUGAGUUAUGA